UCCCAAAAACCACCGCGGCGGCCAACGCUGCAGUCGGCGGCCGGCGGCUGAGGGAGGAAGGGCCCAGUGGCCGGGCUGCCAUGGCGGGCUCCUGCGCGGAGAUUUUGCGGAGGGAGUUCCCGGAACUCGACGGAGAGAUGUUCGAAUAUGUGACCGGGGUCCUGCACAGUGGCAGCUCAGAUUUUGAGACGGUGGACGAUCUAUUUGAAGCCGUCGGUGAGCUCUUGCAAGACGUGUCCCGAGACUCGAAAGAUGACAUGGACAUCCGUGCAAUCUGCCAGCGUAUGUUCAACACCCUUCAUCUGGACAACGAAAACUCUCCGAGCAGCCGGCAGGUUCUCCUGGAUGCCCCAAUUCAGCUUUCUAAGAUCGCUGACAAUUAUGAUUCUAACUUGGACUUGUUGCCGGGACUGCUGUUGAAGAGAGAUCAGAGCUCGAUGGUGAAUGCCAAAAAGUUGGAGAAAGCCGAGGCCCGCCUUAAAGCGAAGCAGUGCAAGAAGCAGGAGCGAGAUUCCGUCAAAUCUGGGAGCCCAUUGGUUCUGGAAGAAGCAUCCGCCAGCCAAGCUGCCAGUAAGAAAGAGAACCGCCUAGAACUGUCAGGCAAGAACAAGUCCUACGACGUACGCAUCGAAAACUUUGACGUGUCCUUCGGUGAGCGGGUCCUCCUCACAGGAGCAGACCUGAACCUGGCCUAUGGCCGGCGAUACGGCUUGGUAGGUCGGAACGGGUUAGGCAAGACCACCUUGCUGAAGAUGAUCGCCAGCCGCAAUCUGCGCAUCCCCUCGCAUAUCAGCAUUCUUCACGUGGAGCAGGAGGUGGCCGGGGACGAGACACCGGCCCUGCAGAGCGUGCUGGAAUGUGACAUGGUUCGCGAGGGGCUGCUGAAGGAGGAGAAGGAGCUGACCGCCCGGGUUAACUCCGGAAGAGGAAUAGGCACAGAAGGGGCUCGACUGUCCGAAAUCUACGCCAGGCUAGAAGAGAUUGAGGCAGACAAGGCCCCAGCAAGAGCGUCCGUUAUCCUGGCUGGGUUGGGUUUCAGCGCAAAGAUGCAGCAACAGACCACCAAAGAGUUUUCUGGAGGUUGGAGAAUGAGGCUGGCUUUGGCUCGCGCCCUUUUCGCCCGGCCUGACCUUCUCCUGCUUGAUGAGCCAACCAACAUGCUGGAUGUGAAGGCAAUCAUUUGGCUGGAAAACUAUUUGCAGACUUGGCAGUCCACCAUCCUCGUCGUGUCUCACGAUCGGAACUUCUUAAACGCCGUGGCCACCGAUGUCAUCCACCUGCACACGCAGCGGCUUGACUGCUACCGUGGGGACUUUGAGAACUUUGUCAAGAUCAAGGAAGAACGGCUGAAAAACCAGCAGCGUGAAUUCGAGGCGCAGCAACAAUACCGGGACCAUAUCCAGGUCUUUAUCGAUCGAUUUCGCUAUAAUGCAAACAGGGCGUCUCAAGUUCAGAGCAAGCUCAAACUGUUGGAGAAGCUGCCAAAACUGAAGCCAGUGGACAAAGAAUCUGAGGUGAUAAUGAAAUUCCCAGAUGGCUUUGAGAAGUUUUCUCCUCCCAUCUUACAGCUUGAUGAAGUGGACUUUUACUAUGAACCCAAUAACCAUAUCUUCUGCUCCCUCUCUGUCUCUGCUGACCUGGACUCUCGCAUCUGUGUGGUUGGAGAGAACGGAGCCGGCAAAUCUACCAUGCUGAAGAUCCUGAUGGGAGACCUGGCCCCUGUGCGAGGGAUUAGGCAUGCUCACAGAAAUCUUAAAAUUGGCUAUUUCAGCCAGCAUCACGUCGAUCAGCUGGAUUUGGACAUUAGUGCCACCGAACUACUAGCAAAAAAGUUUCCAGGGAAGUCAGAGGAAGAGUACCGUCACCAGCUGGGGUGCUACGGAGUCUCCGGAGAAUUGGCCGUCCGCCCUGUCGCCAGCCUAUCCGGGGGACAGAAGAGCAGGGUGGCCUUUGCCCAGAUGACCAUGCCUUGCCCCAACUUCUAUAUACUAGAUGAGCCAACCAACCACCUGGACAUGGAAACCAUUGAAGCUCUAGCAAAAGCACUCAACAAAUUCCGGGGCGGCCUGAUCCUGGUUUCGCACGACGAGCGGUUCAUCCGGUUGGUGUGCAAGGAGCUGUGGGUGUGCGGCAACGGCACCGUUCAGCGCAUCGAGGGCGGUUUCGACGAGUACAGACACAUCUUGCAAGAGCAGUUCCGGAAAGAAGGUUUUCUAUAAAGCCGCCCAGACUGUGUGCGUGAGCUGGUGGGGAGCAGAACACGCCGUGCAGCAGCCGCCGUCGCUGUCACCGCCGCCCGACGGAGCCGCGGGAGAUUCCACUGCCAUUGGGCGAAUGUCGGCUGUGCCAACUGCCGAGCCGGCUCUCCUUCCCCAAGAAACCAGCAUCUGCUGGGGAGAGAGGAGGGAAGUAACCAAGUUGCCGACUCCCCUGCUGGAUCUGUACCAAGUCUCUGCUGGGCGGAGACCAAAGGACCGGGAAGGGAGAGGUGGGGGGGGGCGUCCAUGGCUGCUUUAGUGGAGGGAGCUGGGGUGGGGAAGAGACAUGGCUGCUUCCAAGCUGUUUUGUCUCUCUCCCCCCUGCCUGCUUGUAGAACUGAACCCACCGCCGAGGAACGUUGAGACGGCUUCGGGUGUCAGACGCUGUUCAAUGUUGCACGUUGAGUAGCUUCCGGGAACGGGCUGGAGCUGCAAGCCAUUUUUUGGAAACUGGAUCGGUUCUUUCCUUCCACCCCUGCCUUUUGGGAGGAGGUGUAGCACCGCUCCAGCGAACCAGCCAAGUUCUCUUAAAACAGCUUCUUUUUUCAUGGCAUAAGCCUUAAAUUUCUCCCUUCUUCCCCCCCCCCACCCCAACUCAGAUGGUGAUGUAGGGGGAUAGGAGGCCGUCUUCAUUUCUGUUCUCGGACGUGAGCUCGACACGAGGUAAACACGAUACGAAAAGCCACACUGUUGUACACCAGGGUACAGGACGGUGGAACUGCGGCAGUUUUCCCCUCCUCUGCCCGAAGGUGGUGGCCUUGGCUGUUCUGUUUGGGGGCUUAUAAUAUCUAAAAAACGGCCCACGUGCCCACCUUAGUCUCCCGAGCCACUAAAGGUCUGACUUCCAUGUAGGGCUAAGAUCUGUCCCAGCUAACGCACCAUGUCUUGAUAAUAAAACGUACACGUUCAGUCCCCUGUUCAUCAGCACUGAAAUCGCCCUGUAAAUAAAAAUGGAUCUCUCUGGUCUUGGAUCUCA